CUCACCACCUUCAUACCGUGUCAACAACUCGUAUCUCAUUCUUUGACACGUCUUCCAACGAUACUCAGUCCAAGAUAUCAAGAUGGACGCCCUUCGCAAUGCUCUUCAGCCCAUUACCCACAAUCUCCCUGCUCCCAUUCGGGAUCUCGGCGUCUCCAUCAUAGGAGAGACUUGCUACAAGACUCUCCUGCUCGACAUCGACUUGGAGUCAACAGAGUGUAUCAAGCUCGCCGUUUCGAAAGGAUUAGGCAUCGGUAUCAUCGCUGCAUCCUCCAUCGUCAAAGUUCCUCAAAUCCUCAAGCUCCUCAACUCGCAGUCCGCGUCCGGAAUCUCCUUCCUCUCUUACCUCCUCGAGACCUCCGCAUACCUGAUCUCGUUGGCAUAUAAUGUGCGCCAAGGAUUUCCCUUCAGCACAUAUGGCGAAACUGGCUUGAUCAUGGCACAAAAUGUUGUUAUCGCGGUGUUGGUCUUACACUACAGUGGAAAGCAAGCCGCGGCUGCGACUUUUGUUGCUGGACUUGCUGCUAGUGCUUUUACCUUGUUCUCGGACAAUAUUGUGGAUAUGAAGACCCUCGGAUAUCUGCAAGCUGGUGCUGGUGCGCUUGGUGUUGCGAGCAAGUUGCCACAGAUUGCUGCUAUUUGGCAAGAAGGAGGGACCGGACAGUUGAGCGCGUUUGCUGUCUUCAACUACCUUGUUGGGUCCCUUUCGAGAAUCUUUACAACGCUGCAGGAGGUGGAUGAUAAGUUGAUUCUUUACGGAUUCAUUGCUGGGUUCGCCCUCAAUGCUGUCUUAGCUGCGCAGAUGGUAUACUACUGGAAUGGACCUGCAGCAAAGCCAGUCAAGGAAAAGAAAGCAGAGAAAGUCCCAAUUGCUUCUGGUUCGUCGGGAGUUUCCACCGCUACACCCAAGGGGAAAAGCCCUACAACUCGCAGACGUGGUUGAGAAAUCCACCGGAGUUUUUCUCAUUUGUAGGCACAAUGACUCCUGCUCUUGCGGUUGUAGUCUUCUAAUUAAUUUUGAUUUCAUCUGCAUAAUGUCCUCCUUGCUGUCUCCAAUGAGUAAUCCCGAACUCGUUCGAUUACUCGACUACAUUAGCAGCAGUCGAGUUGCAAGAAAAACCUGAGAAAGUAGCUGUCUGCGCUCUUCAUCGUAUUUUAC